UACUUUUAGUGUGGGUCUGACCGUGCCAGAGUAAGGUCGUAUUUUCGUACGUCCUGAAUGUACUUUUGGAGAAUCGAAAGUUUAAGUGAGCACUUUUUUUUUCUUUUAAUAUAAAUGAUAAGUGGAUAACGAAACUCCUUUUGGAAAGAUUGAGUAAGGAAGUGUUCAGUUGCCGAGGAAUUCGAGUGUAAAGAACAGAAUAUGAAUCCCUGGGAAGAAAGACGCUGGAGGGUUUCACGCAACCAAGGCGAAAGCUAUCGUGGUUAUUACCAUGAUUAUUUCUACGAUAACAACCCUUAUAUGCAGGAUUAUGAUCAGAGUGGUGAAUAUUAUCGUGAAGAGAUUGGCAUUUAUGAAAUUGUAGAUUAUGUAGAAGAGGAAAUACCGGACUACCGCAGGAGAUAUGGUUCCCACGACAGGUCUUACGUCGGAGAAGAUGUUUACUUUGAACAGUAUAACAUGAAUGCUUAUCAUGGCUGGACACGUGAAUGUGAGAGAUCAGAAUGGGAAGGAUUCGAAUCAGGACAAGGAAUGAGAAGAAGCUUCAGUGAAGAAGGAAAUGAGGAUCUCUACAGCCAGUCUGAAGGAAACCGUACUGAUGGUGGUGAUAAACUUUGCUACAGCAACGAAGAUCUCGACAGCUGUGUUGACAGUAUCUCUGUUGACGACAGUUGGUUUCAGACAGACAAAAAUGCGCCAGAUUCUGCUCCAGUAAUCAGCUUUGUAGAUAGGUGGGAGAUGUGGCUUAGCCAAAGUGCCAACAGCAAGGAAAACUGUGUUACAUUUGAGUGGUUCUUGAAUGAUAACACAGGCAACUAUCAUAACACAAUGGUUUACUCCCUGAAACAUUGCGAUUCAUGUGAAACUUACUUCACCAAGCAGUACAAUUUCCAACAGCAUCUAAAACUUUGCAGAGUUUAUCCAAUGUGCAAAUUUUGCAAAAGGUCCUUCAGUAACCGUGGGGAGCUGCAGAGACACAUUGCUGUCAGCCAGCAUAAAGUUGUGACCAAGGAGGACUGGAGGAGAGUGUCACAGGCAGAGUAUAUUAGGCUGUGUAGAGAAGGCAGAGUCUAUACAAGUGAAUACCUUUCUGUUAAGCAGCACCUGAAUAGAAGAGAAAAUAAACUGAACUGGCAAGGAAAAGGGAAGGCGAUACUAAAAAGUCAAAACAACUUGUCUUCAAAACAUCCUGUUGAUGCAGUAUCAAAGUUCUGCUCAGGAACAGUUGAGUCAAGAAAGAAAGCUUCUAAUUCUAGUUCAGUGGACUGGGAAAGAGCACCUACAGAAGGAUUAUUUUGUAACACGUCUAAAACAUAUAAUACUCAAGCACAUGUUCUACCAUUUCCAGAUGCCUUAGAAGAAGAGUUUAAAAAGAGUUCACAAGAAAAAUUUGUGACAGAUGACUUAAGUAGAGUAGAUACAAAUAAUAUUCAGGCUGAUGAAUGCAACAACAAUGGACCUAACAAAACUGAAAAGGCAAACAUGACAACAAAAAGCCUUCAUACACUAUUUUACUGUCAGAUGUGUAAUACUUAUUUCAUAUAUCUAAAAACUUUUAAAAGACAUAGAGGAAAAUGUAGUGGGAAAAAUAUUUGCAAGGUUUGUUUCCAGAAUUUCAAGAAUUUCAGACUUCUCCUUAAUCAUAUAAGAAAAGAAAAACAUGCUGUGCAGCAAGAUACUACCCAUAUAAGUGCAAGUCAUAAAACCUUUCAAAAACUCCUCAAGGCCAAGAGAAUUGCUGCAUGUGAUGUUUUAGAAUACCAAGAAAAAGCGAAGGAAAAUCUAACAAAACAGAUGUCUGGAAAGAAGGAAGUGGAAGGCACACUUUCCACAACACCAGUAACUGAAGCAUGUGUAGGACAAACUUCUGUAGCAGGAAAAAUGCCUAAGGAGAUGAUAGCCAGUGGCAAAUAUGAUGGAACAAUCAUACAUGAGAAAGAGAACUCAUCCAAGGAGAAAAGUGAGAUGGUUGGAAAGGAGUGUACAUCAAAGGAUAGCAGUGUCAGUUUGCCAGGAGAGGAACAGAUAAUCAAAACCAUAAAAGUGAUAGGAAAAGAGACUUGCACUGCAUUGGAAGACAACCAAAAACUAGUGGAUGGAGCCAGCAACAGCAAAGGGGAAUUUCCUGUGACUCGGUAUGAAACAGUGAAUGAUCAUGUCAAACAAACCCCAGUGUCUCCAAGUGACAGUGGAUGUCAGAUGGAUGAUAUCUGCCACGACAUUGAUAGCCCUUUUAUUGGCCUGGAUAUCAAAGAGGAGCUACUGGAAGAAAGUGUGAAUACUUCAUACUUCCAAGCUGUUGAUGGGAGAGAGAUGGUAGAAGCAGUAAAUGAUAUUACUAUAAAAGGAGAGAGAGAAACAUGUAGCACACUAACAGGUGAAAAAUUAAAACGAAAAGAGAGUUACAAGCCCCUACCUAAAUCUGUAAAAAUAGCAAGGCUGGAACACAAAACUUCCUCCCUCUCAAAGUAUCUAGAAGUCCAGAAACACCCCGAGAGACAGGUCCAUUGUAUAAAGCUAAGACGAAGGACAGAAUAUUGCCCUGGUUGUAUGGAAUCAGUUGAUGUUAGAUCAGCCAUUCUGAAUACAGAAACCUUUGAAGUGUCAAUGUGGUGUAAGACUUGUGCUUGGAGUAUACUCUUUACUGACUUCUUUCAUCCGCAGUGACUUCAACAAUAUAUAAACUUAUCUUAAUAAAGUAUUUAUUUUGUAUCAAUUAUAACUGUUUUUGGGUUUACAAUACAUUAUUCUGAAAAAUGAUUAUUAUUUUUAUACUGUAGUCCUUUCUGACUUUGUCUUUAUCCUCCAUUACAGUAGGUCAUUAUCAGCAUUAUUGUUGAUCAUCCUCAUCCUCUUUUGCCAUGGUUUAAAGUUCAUGCCAAAGGUUUUAAACUUUGUUUCCAUAUUCUGUAAGAAUUUUUUUCAUAUGUGUAAGUACUACUUUGUGUCUGAAUAAAAUUAAGACCCUU